GAAAUAAGAUUUUUACUAUGAGAACAUACGAUAGCUUUUCAAAAUUAAGGAUGUAACAACUUGAAAUAAACUAUAAAUCAUGAAAAACUCAAACGAAAAAGCAAAUCCAGUUGAAAAUACUUUGCGUAAUAAGAGUGCUAGAGGUCGUUCUAAAAGUCGAAGCGGACGUAAAUCAGAAUCGUCACUUGGAAAAUCAGCGGAAAAAAGUGGCAGCAAACAUUCUGAUACAGUGGAUGGGUCAUCAUUGGCAUCAAUCAGAGAAAGUCACAAACCAUUAAAUAUAUUCAUUCAAAAUGAACUAAUGCCUAAUUGCACACCGAUAUUUUUAUCAAAAUCAACACAACAGAUAUUUAAUAUUGUAACUGAUGAACAAAUUACCAAAGAAUCACCAAUCAUUUUAUUGAACAAAUCUGAUAUACUUAAAGAUUUACAGUUACGUGCAGCUGUAUCAGAUUUCAGUGUACAAAAAGUUGCAAUAAAAAAUUAUCCCGGUUCUGAUAUUUUAUUAAUUUACGAUGCAGAUUAUAAAUUUGGUGAAAAUUUUGUCAUUGUCUUAUCUGAAGAGACAAAAUCUCUUAUACUGAAUCCACUUAAACAAGCAGUUGACGGUCAGUCAGAACAUAAUGGUGAUGGUGAUGAGAAUGAUGGAAUAAACGAUGAUGAGGAUAAGAUAGAAGAAUACAGAGAGGCCAGUGAUUUAUGUUUUCUAUUCAAAUCGAGAUCAGAACAUGGUUGGAUUGAAUUAGGUUCAGAAAACGAAAUUGCCGAAAUGAAUACUUUUGAAACACGUUCAAAAGUGUAUACAAUUUUUCAAAGACCACGUAAAGAAUUUGGUAGUGUAUUACAUUUACAAGAUGAAAGUGCGACAAAGAAAGGUUGUUCUGAACAGAUUUCAUCACGUGAAGAUGAAUCAUUUAAUAUACCUAUAAUGGAGUUAGAUAAAUCAGCCACAAAUUGUGAAACCACAUGUGAUAAAGGUAUUAAUACAAAUUGGAAAUAUCCAAAAAAUGCUUUCACUCAUUAUGUUCCUAGAAUGUUUACAUCUGAUGAAUUAAAACAUUAUUAUCAUGAAAAUAAUGAUGCUUUACGUAAUAUAUCGAAAUUAUACACACUAUUUGAACAAAGUCUAUUAGAAAAUGAAAUGUACAAUUUUUUAUCAAAUGAUUAUGAGAAUUUGCCCAUUGGUGAUGAAACUUAUGAUACAAGAAGUGACAAUACAUUCAAAGAAUUUCUAUCAUUUACUGAUCUAAAAUUUAGUAAAAAUAAAGCUAUUACAAUGAUUCAAUGGCAUCCAAAUAUUAAAGGUAUUAUUGCAACAUCUAUUAGUGAACGGAUAAUUUAUGAUCAACGUAUUGAUCAAGCAUCACGAAUUCUUUUACAACCAACACAUAUUAUAUUAUGGAGUUUUAAUGAUCCAUUAAAGCCUCAAUUAUUAUUACAUGCACCAGAUGAUAUUAUGUGUUUUCAAUUUAAUCCAACUAGUCCGAAUUAUAUAGCUGGUGGUUGUAUCAAUGGACAAGUAGUUCUGUGGGAUAUUGAAAAACAUAUUGACGAUUUAACUAAUGUUAAAUUACGAUUGAAACAAAAUAAUCAAAUGCCUUUAUUUGUUUUUGAUGAGAAUGAAUUAAAUAAAGUAUCAACAUCACAUUAUUCUGCUUUAAGUAAUAUUGAAUCAUCACAUAGUUCACCAAUUAUGGAUUUGAAAUGGAUACCGGAUCAUAUGGAAAUUAAUCGGUUAGGAUACUGUUUUGAAAAUCAUGCACAGAAAUGUGUUCAAUUAAUGACAUGCGGUUUAAAUGGUGAAAUAUUACUAUGGGAUAUACGACCAGAGAAAACACCAUUAGCUAUAAACAAAACAAGUGAUUCAAUUAAACCACCAAAUAAUGUACCACUAACAUUUUCGACACUGGAUUUGAAAUGGAAACCAUUAUUAAGAAUACAUUUAUAUACAAACGAUCCAGUUAAUGACCAUGUACCAAUUAAGUUUUGUAUACGUGAAAUGCAGGGAGAUCGCAGAUUGCUAACGUCUAACACAAAAGAUUCCAGUAUCAAUAUAACUGACAACUCAUCUAAAUUACUCCCACUUCCAAACGCCGACACACAUAUUUAUGCCGGGACUGAAGAUGGUGUUAUAGUUUAUGUUGACUGGAUACCACAUAAAGAUCAAGACACUGGGAAAAUGCAAACACCCAAACCAGAAUUUUGUUCCUCACGACAUGAUGGUCCAAUUAGUUACCUUUGUCGUUCACCGUUUGAUUCCUCCCUAGUCUUGGCUAUUGGUGGAUGGAUAUGGACAAUGUGGAAGGAAGGAGUUACCAGUGGGCCGAUUAUAGAAUCUGGCCGCGCAAAUAAACCAUUAACAGGUGGCAGUUGGUCUCCUACACGUCCAUCAGUAUUUUAUACAUGUCGUGUUGAUGGUAGUAUAGAAGUUUGGGAUUUACUUGAUAAAACUUAUGAACCAACGAUGAUUCAGUCAAUAUCUGCUAAUCCACUAACUGCUUUAUCUAUAUGGGAUUCACCUAAACGUCAAUUUAUAGCAACUGGUGAUAUUCAAGGUGUACUACAAUUAUUUAUUGUACCUAGACGUUUACAAACUCCUUUACCAUCAGAAUUAAAAAAAUUCAAUGAAUACAUUGAACGUGAAGUGAAAAGAAAAGAAUUUGUUUCGAUGCGUUGGAAUUUAAGAGAGCAAGAGAAAAUUGAACAAGAAGCGGAAAACAAAAGAAGGGCUGGUUUAGCACCAGCUGUUAUGUUGAGCGACGAAGAAAUCAUUCAGAAAGAAAAAUUCGAAUAUGAAAAGUAUUUAUCAGAAGAACAUACUUUCUUAAGAUCAUUAGGACUAGUUGAAGAGGAUGAUUAAGAAGAAUAAAAAAUGUGAAAGAAGAACAUUCGUUUGUCUUUUAGAAAUUUGUAACCUUUUGAAACGCUCUCUUUCACAUGAAUGUUAUUAAAUAUAUCGAUUUUAAUUAGGUGUACUCUUUUUGACCAGUUGUUUUUUUCAGGACCAAUUGGAGGUUAGUGAGGUCAUCUUUUGCAUGUAGCUCAAUUCUAGCUGUAUAUUAAACCUAUCGUUUUAAUUUUUAUGAGAUCGAUAUGUUACCGAAAUUGAAUAAUAGGAACUCUUACUUUGUACAGUUCUAUCUAAAUGAUAAGCAGAGAGACAAAUAGAUUUUUCUGACAGCAUUCAGAAUUAGUAGUGUAAACAUGAACUUGUAGUGGCAUUGGACAAUAGCC